CACGGUUUCACGACUGCCGACGUCGCACAAUGCCACUUCCGACCAAGAAGGCAUUCGUCACGAUGUUUCUGCGACUGGCGAUCUUGACCUCUCUGAGCGUGCGCGCGCUGGGCCAGACAGCCGCCACUUGCCCGUAUUCCAAGUACGCAACCACGUACACGGCCGACCCGAUCUACUGCAAGCAGCCCGGCGCGAUUCUGUGCAUCGUGGACAGUCAAUGCAAGGAAAUCCCAAACACGUCUUACACCAGGGAGAACGUGACCAAGGACUCGACCCUCACGGACGUAUUCAUCGUGAAGCGCAUUGCCGAGCACGUCGCGAGCUUGCCGUCGAUCUGGAACACUUAUGUUCAAUUCUACGGACCGGGGGUCAAGUCGGUGGGCAACUUGUCUGCUUCGAAUGUGACGCUCUUAGAUUUCGAAAACAAUCCAGGCAUAUCGUAUGCCGACGCUGUCUUCCCAAAGGGCUUGUCUCGCUUAUCGGUGGCGCGCAAUGCGCUCAAGGAGCUCCCCACGACGAUUCCUUAUGGGCAACUCACGGGAUUUUUUGGCUGGGAAAACGAUUUCACCUCGCUCGAAAACAUUGACUUUCGUCGUGCGAGCGAGGUCAAGUUCACGGGCAUUCCAUCCCUCGUGACGCUCCAGAACGUAUCGUUUUCAUGGCGCUUGGUCAAAGUGUUCUUUGACGUGUCCAACUUUACGACGUUUCUCGUCGACACCGUGACAUUUCAAGCCCUGGACAACGCGGCGAUUUUUCAAGUCGGCGGCAUUGACGUGUCGAGGUCGUGCGCGGCGCCAAACACACCCAAGACGCUCAAGUCUGGUUACACGGUGUGUGUGUCGUCUGGUCCGCUCCUGCCAACGGAAACCACCGAGGCACCGCCGACGCCGACCAAAGCGUCGUCGAACAUGGCGGCAAUCGUGGGAGGUGUUGCCGCGGGUUGCGUUGUGCUCGGCCUGUUUGUGUGGUGCUGCGUGCACCAACGUCGCAAGCGCAAACCGUCCAAGGGCUUGACCACCAACGAUUUCUCGUACAAGCAGGCCACAACGACCAACAACAACGAGUCGACCAUGGGCGACGUCCCAUUGAACAUGGAGGACUUGGCCCUUGUCCGCCUGGACGAGAAAGCGCUGGUCAAGACAAAAGUCGUUGCCCAUGGCGCGUACGGCGAAGUCUGGAUUGGCAACUACAAAGGGGACACGGUCGCAAUCAAGCGUUUGCUGCCUGGCAAAAACAACAAGCAGGACGUGCUUUUUCUCAUCGAAGAAAUCAAGCUCGCGACGAGGUGCGCGCUGCUUGAUGUUGUCCCCGCCGAGUCACGUUGCUAUGUUCAACACAGAUUGGAGAGCCCGUACAUCGUCCGGACUGUGGGCGCGAGCUGGGUGACGCCCGCAAUGCUCGAAAUGGUCGUCGAGUGGAUGGAUCGCGGCGAUUUGAAGCAUGUGCUGGAAACCACGACGCCGCCGUCGCCAGCAGUCGGUUCGCCGACGUUUCCAUGGCUCAAGAAAGUGGACUGCCUUCUGUCGAUCGUGGAAGGCCUGGUGUAUCUGCACUCGUUGGACAUUAUUCAUCGCGACUUGAAAUCGCGAAACAUCCUGAUGGAUUCGACCAAGGGUACCAAGCUGACAGACUUUGGCACGGCGCGUGAAGAAUCGAGCGAGACGAUGACGAUCGGUGUCGGGACGUAUCGGUGGAUGGCGCCAGAAGUACUCAAGGAGCACUACUACACGGUGGCGGCUGACAUCUACUCGUUGGGGAUGGUCAUUUCCGAGCUGACGACGCACCACAUCCCGUAUGUGGACCUCACGAACGGACGAGGUAAGAAGCCCAGUUUGUGCGUUUGCACAACCCUCGCGCGGUGUAGGGAAAGCGCUGGUGGACACUGCCAUCAUGAGCAUGGUUAUUCACCAAGAGAUUCGACCGACGAUCGGUCCGUCGUGCCCGCCGUGGGUCGCCGAACUCGCGCAACGAUGCCUGGCAUAUGACCCCGCCGAGCGGCCCACGGCGUUGCAAAUUUCAGCGCUCGUGCGCAAGAACCUCAAGCUUGCCGGCGACGACGAGCAAAGGCUGUACCACAUCUAGAGUAGACGUCGUCGAUCCCGUGCAAUAAUCAAGAUUUAUGCUCCACAGUUAUCACGUCGACGUGGGAGAG